UGCCUACAAAUCACACACUGCAAUCAGAAACUCUGUGAGGCGGCGUGCUCUCUCUCUUCAGUUUUCCUCUCGUUUCCCCUCGGCUGAAGUGUUUACGGAGCACCGGCUCGUCGAGUGAAGCAACUUCCAGAGGGGAGCCGCUGCGUGCCGAGACCGCGCCGCACUUCUGCCCGACUUCUCCUGCGCUCAGCCCGGGCAGCGGGAGCAGAGCCGCGCCGCGCCGCCCGGAGAGAAGCUGGAGAAACAACGUGCGCCCUGAAAUUAAACAAAAACCCUCCGGCUUUCAUGUGAGGCCCCGGGAGAGCGCGUUUAUUCCCGGGAGAGUACGCAGAGGCAGGGAGAAGAUAUCUCCGCCGUUUUCCGCCCUCAGCCUGUCUGGAAGCUGGAGCGAGUUGUUUUAUUGGACAAUGUAGCUAUUGAGCUUCCAGCAGCCUAAAUAAAUGGCUUCUUUGGGUUUAGCGGUAUGUGGUAAUGCUGAGGUGCAGCGACCGCAGCGCUUUAUCGAGACCACUGGAGGAUUUUGGACGCAUGCGACUGAAAGCCCGGGAUCUGAACCGAUCAACUUGAGGCAUGUUGCCCUCGCCCCAGGUGUGCGUGUCUACCCUGGUGACUGUGAGCACAAUGGCAGUGGUUGACCUCUACCUGCUGGAGCAGAGCAUGCUGGGGCCUCGGGGUGGCGGGAGGCCAGCGGUGUGGCCGUGUGUUGCGGUCGCUUUGGGAGACCUGUGCUUCUUGCUGGCGCUGCGCUUCGUGUCGGCUGGCGUGGUCCAGGAGGCGCGGUCGCCUCGCCGUGGCUUUGCCAACGCUCUCUGGUUCCUAUUCCUGUCCUUGCUACAGCUGAAGCUCUUCUUCGUGUGCCAGAACUACAGGCAGGAACGGCGUCCCCCUGAUCCGCUGGCUCGUAAGACCCUCACGCUGCUGCUUUCUGUAUGCCUGCCCUCGCUGUUCCUUAUCUUGACUGGUGCGGACCACAUGACUCCAUUGCGCAGGAAGCAGGAGGUGAGGAGUCGGCUGCUGUGGGUGGUGGUGGACCUGCUGGACGUUCUGGAUCUACAGGCCGGGCUGUGGGAGGCUCAGAGCAGUGUGGGAGUUCCUCUAUGGGUGGACGGCAUCGUGUUCUUUUACUGUUACGUGCUGCUGCUCCUGCUGCCCUGCGUUUCGCUCACAGAGCUGGGGGCGGCGGCAUUGCCAGGCCUGAGGGGACCUAGGAGGGAGGCUGUCUAUCCCUGGCUCAGUCUUAUCACCAUUAAUAUCUUCACCCUGGCCCUCAGGGGGGUGGGAAUGCUGUGGUACAGGGACCCAAGGGUGUCCACAGUGUUCCUUGGGAAGAACCUGCUGGCUCUGGCCGUGAAGCUCAGUUCUGCCUGGGAGAGACACAGGCAGGGGGAGGGAAGGGGGCAGGGUGCAGGAACAGACGCAGCAGCAGCGAGUAGCCAGAGUGUGGGAGCAGCUGUGGAGCAAGGAGAAGAACAAGGACAAGGGCGAACAUCUCCGGUACCGCAGUCAUCACGGUACCACUCGCUCUCACGCACUCACGGACACGGACACACUCUCUCACAUGUGAGUCUGAACGCUGCCGAGACUUCCCUGGGACCCGCCUACAUUUCCCACGAGCUCUAGGCAGAAAGAGCGAUAAGCGUCCCUCCAUCAGAUGCUGAGGUUCAACAGCAGCAGCAGCAGCAACUGCGAUAGCGUCGAUUGGGCUGCCGAGGGGCGUUCCUGCAGACCAUUCAUGUGAUUUGGCCAAGGAGUAACUCAUCUUGUUAGCACACUCUGUACAAAUGAGGGUUGGUUCUGUGUGAUUCACUGUUGUGUAUGAAGAAAUAAAUGGGGUUCAGCUGAGAGAUAAAGUAAAGUAAUUAAUCAAGUGCCUUCUUUUACGACAACGAUUAAAACUGAGGUUGUUUCUCUCAAUCCCUUUCAUCAUGAAUUUUAACCUGUACCGUGUACUGUGAAGCAUGACCUCCAUUAGUACUUCUCUCUGUAAUAAAAUGUUUGUUAGA